AUGGCUACACCAACCCUAGAUGACUUAGUGGCGGAAUUUCCCCUACUAGAUCCUACUGUCGUUAUCGCAAUCGCGAGCGAAAUAGAUCUUGAAGAUGCGAGCCAGCUCACCGACGUUCGCGGGAUGCUGCAGAGCAUAGCCCAGAAUGUGCUGGUCGAAGAAGCGAGCGGAUUCAAUGCCAGCGGUGUCCCGGACACCAUCAGCUCCGGUGAUGGGGGAGUCGAUGCGCGAGACAGCUCCACGGUCUCGGAGGGGCUUCAGCCGAGGGACUCGGAUUCCUCUGGAACCAGGCUGACGAGCCCGCCUCCAUCUGAACCGGAUUAUGACGUCCCCCGUAUAGCAACCUUUGACGGCGACUCGGAUCAAGAGAAACUCUUGCAGCUGCAGGAUAUGUUCUCAGACCUGAAGCCGCAUGAUGUGAGCUUCGCGCUCAAGAAAGCCAAGGGCGACUUCCAAGCCGCCCUGGAGACCUUGUUGAACAUUCAGUAUCUUGAGUCCAUCGGCGAGAGGCCAAAGGGCAUCGAUGGCUUCGCGGAUUCGGGGCUGUCCCAAAAGGCGUCCGGGAAAAAGAAAGCCAAGGGGAAGAAACGAAAAGAUCUUCGUACAGACCUGUCGUCCAGCUCAAGUAGCAUCAAUGAAACUUCGCCUGUCAUUGAUGAAAAUGAACGGGUUGAGAAGAUCCUGUUCAUCGUGGAGAAGCUCGAUCUGCCGUUCGAUGAAGUCUCGGACGUCUUUGAUGCGCGGAAAGGCUCAACAGAACUCACCAUCAUAGAGUUCCUCGAUCGUUUCGUUAAGCAAGGUGUCGGUGCCUGGACUGGCGAAGACGAGCACCGGAAGCAGUACAUUCAGGAACUCAAGAAGCAAUUCCGACACAUUCCCGAACAGUACUUGUCUCCCCUCAACGAAGUCACACGUAGCGACCAUCAGUGGACAGAGGAGGUUGCUACGUUGCUGAAUCGUCACUAUGGCAAGUUGCCCGCCAAACGCCUGGACAUCAACUACAAGCUAGCGCCUUUGACGACGGAAGAGCUGGAGGGCUCGUCCGAUGGCUGGCAAAAGGUUACCUCGCCAAAAACGUCACUCAUGUUGCCCAUUGGGCGGCCCCUUAACAGCCCGGUUCUCCUGAACAGCCCCUCGUCGGGACCCCGCACUUAUCAGCAGGCCAUGGACACAGCUGGCAUGUACCGCGAGGCCAGCAGUCACUCUUAUACGACUGCCGGCCAAGUGUACAAAAAGGGACAUUUGUACAGGCAGGCAGCAGGAUACUAUGCAGAUCGUGGACGCGAGGAGGCGCGCAGUUUCGCCAAGGCAAAGAGCGUCGCGGCCGAUAUACACGUUUCCAGCACUAGUUCAGGAAAGUCGAUCGACCUCCACGGCGUUGAAGUUGCGGACGGCGUCCGAAUCGCUCGUGAGCGCGUUUGGGACUGGUGGAAUGGCCUCGGCGAGUACCGAGCAAGAAAGGCGGCCGAAGGCUUCACAAUCGUUACAGGCCGUGGCCUCCAUAGUGCCGGAGGUGUGUCGCGACUGAGACAGGGCGUUAUUGCCGCCCUCGUCAACGACGGAUGGAAAGUAUCGAUCGAAACUGGGAGCUAUCGUGUGACGGGUCGUCGUUGA